UCAGUUAAGCAGCCAAAGGAUUUCAUGAAAGCUACAUUAUUGGGAGGAAAAGGCUUAGAGAAAGGAAAUAGUGAAAGAGAAGAAAGAGAUUAUUGAAUUGUGCAUAAACCCAAAGGCAUUCAUCAUCUUCUCCUCUUCUUCAUCUUUAUCAUCAACAACUUACGACUUUCCCUUAUUUAUGUUUCAUCUUGUCUUUCUUUUUUCUAUACUCAGCUACAAAAAGCAUUACACUGUUUUGUUUUGUUUUGUUUCGACCUUUCAAUGCUUCCUACCUUUUCACUGCUGCUUUAGUCAACAUUUACUGCUCCAAAUCAUCUUUUAAUUGUGUUUAUCGAUCUUUAUUUAUUACUUAUUCAAUCAAUAAAUGUUUAUAAAUCAAACCUUAACUGUGAUAUGUUGGAUUAUGAUCACUCAGUAUCCAAAACCAAGCAUCUAUUAAUAGUUUUGCUACCAUCAUUGCUACUGAAGACUAAACAGAAAUCCGUCCUUAAUCAAAUUAACCCUCCCAAUUAAAUAUCCAUCGCAAUCAAUUCAAUGUCAUCAAUUGUUUCUUAGUUGACGAAUCAAAUUAAAUUAGUGACUAACCAAGCCAGUGAAAAAAUCCCAUUAUUAACUUAAUUCAUCAUCACAAACUCUAGAUGAAAACUAUCCAAGUGAUUCGGAAUCUUGGUCAGCUGGGAAACCAAAAUUUUUUAGCUAAAAAAUUACUCUCAAAUGUUGGGUAUAAGUUAACCUUUAAACAAACUGCUUAUUAUAAGUCAGGGUCCUUUUUAACAGAGCCCGAUGGGGUCAAAACAUUUGUUGAUCUACUUGGCACCAAAGAGCAAGAUAUGUUGAUGCAAGAGUUAUCUAAAAGACGAGAACUAAUUUUACCAGAUAAAGGAUCUCAGUCUGUUAACGUGAUUCCACCAAACUCUAAACAAAUGCGUCAAAUUGCCUUUCAUCAAUCACUUCCUUUCAUUGGAUUUGGUUUUCUUGAUAAUUUUAUUAUGAUUCUUGCGGGUGAAUAUAUUGAUACAACACUUGGAGUCGCUUUUGGUAUUUCCACCAUGGCUGCUGCUGCCCUUGGAAAUGCUAUAUCAGAUGUGGCUGGAAUAGGGUCAGCUUGGUAUGUUGAGACACUAGCCAAUAAGAUCGGUGUUACUUAUCCAAAAUUGACGCCAGCUCAGACUGAUAUGUUACGAACUCGUUUAAGCGUUCAAAUCGGACGGGUUAUUGGUAUCUUGAUCGGAUGUUUUCUCGGCAUGAGCCCACUGUUAUUUUACUCCAAUGAAACUUCCAAAAAUUCCAAGGCAAUAGAAGAACCAGCAACAACAUAAACAUGGAAACCCAAAGACACCAAGAUCUGAUAAAAGUUAUAGCAAAAUUUGCUUGUCGCUUUGUUUCCAUCUUGUUUUAAAGAUUUUAAUAGAGAUAAAGGACAAGUGGCAUUAACCUAGCCAUCACUCGAAAGAUUGUUCAAAAAUUGUGACGAUAAGCCAAAUUAUGAAUCAUUCUCUUAAAGACUUAUUCGAUUAACUCUUUACAAACACAACAUGCACAUUCAUAACUAAAAA